AUGCCCAAGACUCUGACUGAGAUGUACACACACCUUGUGGUGUUUCAUACCAAACAGAAGAAUGCAAAGUAUCUUGUGAAAGAAGAGACAGAAUCUAAUGGACAAACUGCAAACAAAGUCCAGUGUCUUUUCUUCACUGUUCAGAGAAAAGUUACUGAAGUUACUUUCUACAAGAGUGCUGUGGAUAAAGCCUUACGAAGUGAGGCAGGAAACCUGGACCUUUUCCUCCGCUUCCUUCUGGGCCUCUCACUGGAGUCCAAUCAGAAGCACUUACGAGGUCUACUGACAAAGACCAGAAGCAGCUCACAGAGCCAUGAAGACACAGUCGAGUACAUCAAGGAGAAGAUCAGGGAGGAUCCCUCUCCAGAGAGGAGCAUCAAUCUGUUCCACUGUCUGAAUGAACUGAAUGACCAUUCUCUAGUUGAGGAGAUCCAAAGAUACCUGAGAUCAGGAAGUCUCUCAAAACCCAACCUGUCACCUGCACAGUGGUCAGCUCUGGUCUUUGUGUUGCUGACUUCAGAAAAGGAGCUGGAUGUGUUUGACCUGAAGAAAUACUCCAGAUCAGAGGAAGGUCUUCUGAGGCUGCUGCCAGUGGUCAAAGCCUCCAGAGCUGCUCUGCUGUCAGGCUGUGGAGUCACAGAGGAAGGCUGUGCUUCUCUGGUCUCAGCUCUGAAGUCAAACCCCUCACACCUGAGAGACCUGGAUCUGAGUAACAAUGACCUGAAAGAUUCAGGAGUGGAGCUGCUCUCUGCUGGACUGGGGAAUCCCCACUGUAAACUGGAGACUCUGAGACUCACUGUCUGUAAACUCACAGACACAUCCUGUGAAGUGUUGGCCUCAGUUCUCAGUUCAAACCCCUCACAUCUGAGAGAGCUGGAUCUGAGUAACAAUGACCUGAAGGAUUCAGGAGUGAAGCUGCUCUCUGCUGGACUGGGGAAUCCCCACUGUAAACUGGAGACUCUGAGGCUGUCAGGCUGUCUAGUCACAGAGGAAGGCUGUGCUUCUCUGGUCUCAGCUCUGAGGUCAAACCCCUCACACCUGAGAGAGCUGGACCUGAGCUACAAUCACCCAGGAGACUCAGGAGUCAGACUGCUCUCUGCUGGACUGGAGGAUCCACACUGCAGACUGGAGAAACUCAAGUAUGUAGAGGGUUUAUGUCAAUGUUCAUAUCAGACAUGUUGGACUUAUCAGGCUGGUUAAGACAAACAUUCUGACCACCACUUGGACAAAGUUGAACAUUCUUACUACAAAGUUAUAUAUAUGCUGACUGUGUGUGUGUAUCUCCAGUGUGUUUGUGUGUGUGUAUCUCCAGUGUGUGUGUGUGUAUCUCCAGUGUGUGUGUGUGUAUCUCCAGU